AUGGAUCUUAACCGAGAACAUUUGCGCUCUAUGAUAUAUUAUGAUUUUAAAUUUGGUUUAACCGAACAAUUAAGUUUACAACGGUUACAAUUAGCGUUAGAGGACUCAGCUCCAUCACGUGCAACAAUUUUUAGGUGGUUUGCUGAAUUCAAAAGAGGUAAAAUUAAUCUUAAAGAUGACCAAAGAACCGGGGCACCGCAAAAGCAAUAA